AUGGAAACCUCCACCGCCGUCCGCCACGCUUUUGGCGUGAUCGACUUCCCUUCAAUCCGUCCCUCCUCCUCCAGGCAACGCCGGCUCCGCUCGCUGCCUUCUCUUCCCCUCCGCAACCGUCUCGUUUCCCCCAAUAUCCACCGCCGGUUCGUCGCCCGUUGCGCUUCUGAGGCAGCUAAUCACCACCCCCACCAUAAUCACCACGAAGAUCCCCACCAUAAUCACCACCACCACCACCAUAAUCACGGCCACGGCCACCAUCAUCACCAUCACGGAGACGAGCUCGAGGAGCUAACCGGCACGCAGAAAGCUGUAAUUAGGUUUGCGGAUGCCGUGAGAUGGACGGAUCUCGCCAGUCUGCUGAGGGAGCACUUGCAGCUCUGUUGCUGUUCCGCGGCUUUGUUUCUCGCUGCUGCUAUUUGUCCUUACCUUGCUCCCAAGGCCGUGGCUAAACCUCUUCAAAAUGCCUUCAUGAUCGUCGGUUUCCCUCUGGUUGGGGUCUCGGCAUCCCUGGAUGCUCUCAUUGACAUUGCUGGCGGGAAGGUGAACAUUCAUGUCCUGAUGGCUCUGGCAGCAUUUGCCUCUGUUUUUAUGGGGAACGCCUUGGAAGGAGGCCUACUUCUUGCCAUGUUCAAUCUGGCUCACAUUGCCGAAGAGUUCUUCACCAGUCGAUCACUUGUAGAUGUUAAAGAGUUGAAAGAGAACCAUCCAGAUUCGGCUCUCGUGCUAGAUGUUGAAGAGGGGAAACUACCCGACCUCACGCAUUUGUCCUACUCAAGUGUGCCGGUGCAUGAUAUAGAAGUGGGCUCCUAUGUUCUAGUUGGAGCUGGUGAGGCUGUGCCCGUGGAUUGUCAGAUUUUCCAAGGUAGUGCAACAAUUACUAUUGAGCAUUUGACUGGGGAAGCAAAACCGAUUGAAGCAAAUGUGGGUGAUGGGAUUCCGGGUGGUGCAAGAAACUUGGAUGGUAGAAUUAUUGUCAAGGCAACAAAGACAUGGAAAGAGUCAACACUAAAUAGAAUUGUGCAACUGACUGAAGAGGCCCAGCAAAACAAACCAAAACUUCAACGAUGGCUCGAUGAGUUCGGUGAGCAGUACAGCAAGGUUGUAGUAGGGUUGUCGUUCGCUGUUGCUUUCCUUGGACCAUUACUUUUCAAGUGGCCAUUCAUGAGUACUUCAGUCUGCAGAGGAUCAAUCUACAGAGCACUAGGAUUAAUGAUGGCUGCAUCACCAUGUGCCUUGGCAGUGGCUCCAUUGGCAUACGCCACUGCUAUUAGUUCCUGUGCAAAAAAGGGAAUAUUACUUAAAGGAGGGCAGGUUCUGGAUGCUCUAGCUUCUUGCCACACGAUUGCAUUUGACAAAACUGGGACGCUUACUACAGGAGGUCUUAUGUUCAAAGCAAUUGAGCCAAUUCUUGGACAUCAAGUAGGAAAAAAUAUGACAACUCGUGCUUCUUGUUGCAUACCCAGUUGUGAAAAAGAAGCUCUUGCUGUUGCAGCCGCUAUGGAGAAGGGCACGACACAUCCUAUUGGGAGAGCUGUUGUAGAUCAUAGCAUUGGCAAAGACCUCCCUUCUGUCUCUGUUGAAAAGUUCGAGUAUUUUCCUGGCAAAGGACUUGUUGCUACUCUGAAUGACACUCAGUCAGGAAGUGGAAGAGCUAGAUCAUUGAAAGCUUCUCUUGGCUCCGUUGAGUUCAUUACUUCUCUUUGUAAAUCCGAGGACAAGUCGAAAAAAAUUAAGGAAGCUGUCAGUGCAUCUUCUUACGGGAAUGACUUUGUCCAUGCAGCUCUUUCUGUGGAUGAAAAGAUAACAUUGAUUCAUCUUGAGGAUAGACCUCGAGAAGGGGUUUCCGAUGUGAUAUCAGAACUACAGGAUAAAGCAAAGCUCCAGGUAAUGAUGCUAACAGGUGACCAUGAAUCAAGUGCACGGAGAGUUGCACAAGCUGUGGGCAUUGGUCAAUUUCACUGUAGCUUGAAACCAGAGGACAAGCUCAAUCACGUAAAGACUAUCUCAAGGGAUAUGGGUGGUGGCCUAAUCAUGGUGGGUGAAGGCAUCAAUGACGCACCAGCACUCGCCGCAGCUACUGUUGGAAUUGUGCUAGCCCAGCGCGCUAGUGCAACUGCCAUAGCUGUUGCGGAUGUUCUAUUGUUACGGGACAAUAUAUCAGCCGUUCCUUUCUGCAUUGCAAAGUCCCGCCAAACAAGUUCCCUGGUCAAGCAAAAUGUGGCGCUGGCUUUGACUUCCAUAAUUCUGGCUUCCCUUCCAUCUGUGUUGGGAUUUCUCCCACUUUGGUUGACGGUUCUUUUACACGAAGGUGGCACCCUCCUGGUAUGCCUAAACUCGGUCCGCGCUCUAAACGACCCGAAAUGGUCGUGGAAGGAAGGCAUGCAGCAGCUGAGUUGCCGUCUGAAGAAUGUCGCCAGGUUAGACCACAACACCGCUACAAACUCCGGCAAUAUGAUAACCAAAGCUGAACCUCUCUUGUAG